UUACGGCUACCCCUGGCCCGAAAUCCUCAACUGCAACAAGUUUCCCGCGGAUCACGAACUGUGCAUCGCAGCAGUCUCCACCAAUGAAAAUUCCUCAAGCAGGAGAACAGUGCCCCGAGCCAGCUGCAAGGACUGCGAGCUCGAGGAGGCCAGCACGGCUAGGGAGAUCCUGGACAACCUCUGCGCCAAUGAUUUCGCAGUGAAAAUCCGAAUCCUGAGGAAGAACGUGACCACCACCAUCUCAGACUUCGACCUGGACCCCUCCAGGGUAGAGGUCCUGAAGCACGGCCCGCUCCUCAGAACUGAAAUCCCCGCCAGGCUCCAGCAGUGGCUGGACAUAGACGCUACCUGCGUCCACAACAUCAUGAGAGGCACUCAUGCAGGGGUCUUCGUGGUGAGUGGUGACGUACAGGGUGACAAAGUGGUGGUGAACAAAGCCUACGCCUGGCAGAAGAGGAACAGGAACCUGCACCAGGCGGUGCGGAGGUGGAAACAUCACCGCUGCCCGGAGCAGGCUGGCCGGAGGGUCUGA